AUGGAGGAUAAUUAUGAAGAAUAUGAUAAUGCUUUUGUUGGUAAUUUAGGUGAUAUGGGUUAUGGUGAAGAUACACAAGCUGCAGGCGAACCAGCUUCACAAAUUGAAAAUAAACCAAAAAUAUUUUUAAUGGGUUUAAAAAGAUCAGGUAAAUCAUCAAUUCAAAAAGUUGUUUUUCAUAAAAUGUUACCAAAUGAAACUUUAUUUUUAGAAAGUACAAGUAAAGUUGUAAAGAAUGAUAUUUCAAAUUCAUCAUUCGUUCAAUUUCAAAUUUGGGAUUUCCCAGGUCAAUUAGAUUUCUUUGAUCCAUCAUUCGAUUAUGAAUACAUUCUCAAUAAUUGUGGUGCCAUUGUUUUCGUCAUUGAUGCUCAAGAUGAAAUCAUUGAAGCAUUACAAAAACUUCAUCAAACUAUUGCUAAAGUUUAUCAAAUUAACCCAAAUAUUCACUUUGAAGUAUUCAUUCACAAAUCAGAUGGUUUAUCAGACGAUCACAAAAUUGAUAGACAAAGAGAUAUUCAACAAAAAACAACAGAAGAAUUAGCAGAUGCAAAUAUUAAUGUACAUCCAAGUUUCUAUGUGACAAGUAUUUAUGAUCAUUCAAUCUUUGAAGCUUUUUCAAAGGUUAUUCAAAAACUUAUUCCUCAACUUCCAACUUUAGAAAAUUUAUUAGAUGUUUUCAUUUCUAGAUCAAGAAUUGAAAAAGCAUUUUUAGUUGAUGUUGUUAGUAAAAUUUAUGUUGCUACUGAUAAUUCACCAGUUGAUAUGCAAACUUAUGAAUUAUGUAGUGAUAUGAUUGAUGUAGUUAUUGAUGUUUCAUGUAUCUAUGGUCUUAAAGAAGAAGAGGAAGGUUUAGGUUAUGAUCAAGAAUCACACUCUGUUAUUAAAUUAAAUAAUGGUAUGGUUUUAUAUUUAAAGGAAGUUAACAAAUAUUUAGCAUUAGUUUGUUUACUUCGUGAAUCAAACUUUGAUAAACAUGGUUUAAUUGAUUACAAUUUUAUUUGUUUCAAAAAAGCAAUUGAAGAAGUUUUCAGUAGAAAGACAACUAAAGCUGGUGCAAAGAAAACUAUUAAGAAAGCAAACUAA